CAACAUUGGAGUCAACAUAUAACUUACCUGGUACAUGCAUACAAUUGCACAAAAAAUGAUUCCACGGGAUACUCCCCUUAUCAUCUCAUGUUCGGAAGGGAAGCAAGGUUACCCAUUGACAUCUGUUUUGGAAUCUCACCAAAUGGUGAAAGUGAAACCUCCUACCAACAGUACGUGGCCAGGUUGAGGAAAGAGUUGCAAAAAGCUUAUCAGUUGGCAUCUGAUGCUGCUACAAAGAAUCACCUGAAAAAUAAAGCCCGAUAUGACCAACGUGUGAGAGACCUACCUUUGGAGAAAGGAGACCGAGUUCUCAUACAGAAUGUGGGUCUAAAAGGCAAACAUAAACUCCAAGAUCGAUGGAAAUCAAUACCAUAUGUUGUUGUGGAGAAGUUGCCUAACCUGCCUGUUUAUAAGGUCAAACCAGAGCAUGGUUCAGGUGUGCUGAAAACUCUCCAUCGAGAUCAUCUGUUACCCAUCGGUUACAUGGUCAGGAUGUUUAACCCAGCAGAUGAUGCAAGCUCUGUUCGGAGACCUGUAACAAGAACUCAACGUACUCAGAAACGUCAACCAACCAAGUCUGAAGAAAGUGACACAGAGUCAUCAGGUUCAGAGUUUGAAACCGUCCACAAAUCUCCAGAUUUUGAUAUGGAUGAGGUCCGGAGACGGCUAAAGAUAAAUCACUCUGUGGGGAAUGAUGAGAGUGACAACUCUGAGGAGGAUGGAAAAGCUGUGGAGGAAAGCUGUGAAGUUACAGAAACUCAACAACUUACAGAGACAGAGAAUGAGGAACCGCUUGAAGUUGAUGCACCUCCUAUGCCAUACUCUGAUGUCCAAGAGACAAAUUCUGAAUCUGUUGAAGAAGAUUCUCAAGAUGCAGAAGAGGGAGCAAAGUCACCUCCCUUACAAAGAAACAAACGUAAUAUAGCUGCUGAAAGAGCAAAAAGUGAAAGGUCUUCUACAGUCCGGACAUCCUUGAGAAAACCAAAGCCACCUAUAAGAUUUACUUAUGAGGAACCUGGUCAUCCAUCUUUUGAACCAGUUACCAUCAUGCACCAUGGCAUGGUCAUCCAACUCAAAAUGAACCCUCCAGACCAAGACAAUAAACCAAGGAAAAAGUCCAAAACAUCCCAAAGGUAUAUGGAGGAGGAUAAAAGGAAAAGGGACAAAAGGUGUGAUGAGGACAUCUACACAUUCAGAAGAGGGAGGGUGUAGCCCUGUACAAAAUUUCUAUAAAUUAGAGUUUAAAAGAUCAUUAACAGUGUAAUUCACACACACAUAAAGAAACAAAAGAAAAGUUUAUAAAUGGAGUUCAUAAAUAGUUAAAAUUGGUUAAAAGGUGUGCUGGUUAAAAGUAUAAAUAUAAUAUGUAGAGUUUAAUAAACAAGACUAUUUACAGUUAAAGUUAAAUUCAUUAUAAAAAUGUUUUUGUUUCAUUUGAGAGAAAAAGUAGAGAAGAAGAAACUGUGUUUAUCUGUGUAACCUAAUCUGUUACCUGUCACCUGUCAAUCAUUUAAUUCCCGUUUUGCUUUUGGCCUUUUGUUAGUACUUGAGCCAAUCAGAGUAAUAUCAUUGUGUAAGGGGCGGGACUAGUGGGACAGGUUUGUGUGAGGAGUAGUGAGCACGUAUGGAAAACGGAGAACAGACGCUAUAAUGAGAGCGCUAAUGAAGGAGGCAUCGUGGUGUGGGAAGCAUUAAUGUUUUAUGAAGGUCGACUACUCGUGGUCCUUACAACAAAAAACUUUGGUGUGACCUGCAAGAGAUAAUAUGCUCUAAGGAGACGGACGUUGGUGAGCGAGAGACUGGUUUUCCAACCGAAGGCCCUGCUGUUUCUGCUUUGCUGUUUCUGUGUGCCCUGCCGUGAUCAUCUGUGCUGUGCUUCUUCCUUUGCCAUUACCAUCGCUAUUGCCAUUACCCUCGCUGUACUAACUUAACCUGGAUUCGUGAGUACUAACAUUCACCUGCACGUGCUUUUUUUGUUUAUGCUCAGUUUCUGAGUGAAGCGGCCAUUCCAGUUUUUAGGCCUCACCGCACACAAAGUGUCAUCGAACAGGCCUGCAACGGGGUUGGACAUUUUUUCAGAGGGAAUGAAUGAUUGUUUAAUUUCAAUAUAACCACAGAAAGGUUUUUUCCUUUUGGGAAAGUGAAGUUUUCUUUAUUGUUUUAGUUUUUUAUUUCAUAUCUUUUCAUGCUUAUGUGAUUUGUUUUAUUUUAUUCUAAGAUACAUUUAUCUUUUAUUUAAUGUUGUAAAUAAAUACUUGUUAAUAUUUUUGUAAUCAAAAUACAGUUGUGGUGGUCUUUAUAAGAAUUACAAAUAUACAUUUAUUAAGUAACAUAUAAAACAAGUUGUAUUUUCCUACAACGAGCCCAGGCCCAGUCUCAUUGUAUUAACCACUCUAGCUUUAUUUUCUAACUACAUGAGACCUGGG